AUGCUGCGUCGCACUGCCCGCCUCCGAAAGGAGUAUUUGUACCGCAAGUCUCUCGAAGAGAAGGAACGGCAGCUCUUAGACAGGAAGAAACGAGUGAAAGAGGCUCUUGAGGCUGGACGCCCGAUCCCUACCGACAUUGGGAGGGGCGCUGCGCAGCGCAUUGCUCAGACGCUCGACCUGGAAGACGCCACAAGUCAAACUCGCGUGUCUGGCCAUGUUGAUGACGAAUACGCGUAUGCAGGUAUAUCGGAUCCCAAAGUGGUGCUCACCACGUGUCGCUCGCCAUCAUCUCGCCUGCAGCAGUUCGCUAAAGAGUUUCGGCUCCUCAUCCCUAACUGCCAGAGGAUCAACAGGGGGGGUUUCAUUUUGAGCGAUCUCGCGGAGCUUUGCAGGGCCAACGACGUUACGGAUCUCCUUAUUCUCCAUGAACACAGGGGUGAGCCCGAUGGCCUCAUCGUCUGCCACCUCCCUCAUGGUCCUACGGCACAUUUCUCCCUGAAGAAUGUUUGCCUGAGGCAUGACCUCCCGGAGAAGCCCGCAAACAUGUCGGAGGCGGCUCCACACUUGAUCUUCCAUAACUUUUCUUCUCGGAUUGACGAGGAGAACUCAAAACCCAGGGGCCUUGAAUUGGUGGAGGUGGGCCCCCGUUUUACCCUCAAGCCCUUCAGGAUUGAAUUAGGAACUGUAGAAAUGAGGGACCUGGAGAGUGAAUGGGCCCUGAGGCCCUUCUUUAACUCCGCUAAAGCGACACUCGGCUAG